AUGGCGCUACAGUAGACGGGGGCGUCUGUCUGUAGUGGUCGGCUGUAAUGUGGACUUUUUACAGGUCAGCUGUUUUUAUUUCAGAGAAAGUGCAUUAACUGACAGAAACGGCGAGAAUGACCCACUAGACGAAGAUUCCUCGCCGUGACCUUCAAGAAUGUCCAGCGCUAAAAAACACAUGUUUCUGUAGCUCCUGCUGAAGAUUCAAGUAACAUAAUUGAAAGAAAAUGUUUCGUUGGUUGACCUCCAAAAGGCGCGGCUCUGUGGAACACAAGACUGAAGAACGUCAGAGUCACUUUCAGAGUAAGAGACCAGACUCUCCUGAGCCCAGCUGUGUGUCUAUGAAGAGUGAUCAGUCAAUGGGUGGAGGCAUAAACUUCAAACAGGGAGAGUCUUCACCUGAACUGAGCUCCCAAAAGGAGAGAGCAAAGAUCACCAUGACCCAUCUGGAGUCCAUAUUCCAGGAACUGGAGAACAAAGUCAUCUCUCUGGUGAAGAAUCAGCUGAAGAGGUUCAAGAAGGUGCUGAGUCCAGAUUUCCCAGCAUGCUCUGAGAGGGAGGUGGAGGGUGAGGUGGACCAGACUGUCAGAGAAGGAACACUGCAGAUCGCACUGCACGUCCUGAGGAACAUGAACCAGACAGACCUCGCCAGCACACUACAGACCAAACUGGCUCCUGCUUGUCAUCAAAAGUUCAAAUCAACAUUGAAGAAGAAAUUCCAGAGAAUUAAUGAAGGAAUCCCAUAUCAUGGAGGCUCAACACUUCUGAAUGAGAUCUACACAGAGCUCUACAUCACAGAAGGUGGGAGUGGAGAGGUCAAUAAUGAACAUGAGGUGAGACAGAUUGAGACAGCGUCCAGGAGACCAGCAACACAGGAGAGACCCAUCAACUGCAAUGACCUCUUUAAAGGCACAGCCGUCAGAAUUGUACUGACUAAUGGAGUUGCUGGAAUUGGAAAAACAGUCUCAGUGCAGAAGUUCAUUCUGGACUGGGCUGAAGUAAAAGCUAAUCAGGAUAUCCUCUUCAUAUUUCCACUUCCUUUUAGGGAGCUGAACACAGUGAAGAGUAGAAAACUCAGUCUAGUUGAUCUUCUUCGUCUCUUUUUCACAGACAUAAAACAAUUAAAACCAGCAGAUUAUUAUCAGUACAAAGUCUUGUUCAUCUUUGAUGGUCUGGAUGAAAGUCGACUUCCUCUAGAUUUCCAGAACAAUGAGAGCUUGUCUGAUGUAACACAGUCAGCCUCAGUGGAUGUGCUGCUAACAAACCUCAUCAAAGGGAAUCUGCUUCCCUCUGCUCUUCUCUGGAUCACCUCUCGACCAGCAGCAUGUGGUCAGAUCCCUCCUGAGUGUGUUGACCAGGUAACAGAGGUACGAGGAUUCAGUGACGCACAGAAAGAGGAAUACUUCAGGAAGAGGAUCAGUGACCAGAGUGUGGCCAACAGAGUCAUCACACAUAUGAAGUCAUCAAAAAGCCUCUACAUCAUGUGCCACAUACCAGUCUUCUGCUGGAUUGCAGCCACUGUUCUGGAGAGGAUGCUGGGUGAAUCAGAGAGUGGAGAGAUCCCCAAGACUUUGACUCAAAUGUUCACACAGUUCCUGAUCUUUCAGAUCAAACACAAAGACCAAAAGUACCAUGGAAAUUGUGACACUGAUCCUCGACAGACUGGAGAGAUUAUUCUGGCUCUGGGAAAACUGGCUUUCCAACAGCUGGAGAAAGGCAACCUGAUCUUCUAUGAAGAAGACCUGAGAGAGUGUGGCAUUGAUGUCAGAGAAGUGUCAGUGUACUCAGGAGUCUGCACUCAGAUCUUCAGGGAGGAGUUGGGGCUGCACCUGGGGAAGGUGUUCAGCUUUGUCCAUCUGAGUGUUCAGGAGUUUCUGGCUGCUUUGUUUGUAUUUUUCUCCUUUAUUUCUCAGAACAGAAAUGUGCUGAAACAUCAAACACAUACAAACUCAACAGUGACUGAUUUUCUCAAGAGUGCAGUGGACAGAGCUUUACAGAGUGAGAAUGGACACCUGGACCUUUUUCUCCGUUUCCUCCUGGGUCUCUCACUGGAGUCCAAUCAGACUCUCUUACGAGGCCUGCUGACUCAGACAGGAAGCACUUCUAACUGCAGAGAGGAAACAGUUGAGUACAUCAAGGAGAAGCUCAGGGAGAAUCUCUCUCCAGAGAAAUACAUCAAUCUGUUCCACUGUCUGAAUGAACUGAAUGACCACUCUCUAGUGCAGGAAGUCCAGACAUACCUGAACACAAGAAAAUAUUGCCGUCUGUCUGGAUUCACCCUCUCUCCUGCUCAGUGGUCAGCUCUGGUGUUUGUGUUGUUGAACUCAGAGGAAGAGCUGGACGUGUUUAAUCUGAGAAAAUAUGACCAAUCAGAGGAAUGUCUUCUGAGGCUUCUGCCAGUCGUUACAGCAUCCAGAAAAGCUGUGCUGUCUGAGUGUCGUCUCUCAGAGGGGAGCUGUCCACCUUUGGCCUCAGUUCUCAGAUCAAACUCCUCAAGUCUGAGAGAACUGGAUCUGAGUUUUAAUAGUCUGUGUGAUUCAGGAGUGACGCUGCUCUCUGCUGGACUGGAGGAUCAACACUGUAAACUGGAGACACUCAGGCUGUCUGAUUGUCGUCUCUCAGAGAGAAGCUGUGCAGCUUUGGCCUCAGUUCUCAGAUCAAACUCCUCAAGUCUGAGAGAACUGGAUCUGAGUUUUAAUAGUCUGUGUGAUUCAGGAGUGACGCUGCUCUCUGCUGGACUGGAGGAUCAACACUGUAAACUGGAGACACUCAGGCUGUCUCAGUGUCGUCUCUCAGAGAGAAGCUGUGCAGCUUUGGCCUCAGUUCUCAGCUCAAACUCCUCAAGUCUGAGAGAACUGGAUCUGAGUGAUAAUCGUCUGUGUGAUUCAGGAGUGACGCUGCUCUCUGCUGGACUGGAGGAUCAACACUGUAAACUGGAGACACUCAGGCUGUCCUGGUGUGAUCUCUCAGAGAGAAGCUGUGCAGCUUUGGCCUCAGUUCUCAGAUCAAACUCCUCAAGUCUGAGAGAACUGAAUCUGAGUGGAAAUAGUCUGUGUGAUUCAGGAGUGACGCUGCUCUCUGCUGGACUGGAGGAUCAACACUGUAAACUGGAGACACUCAGAUUAUGGGACUGCAGUAUUACAGAGAAAGGCUGUAAAGCUCUGGUUAAAGCUUUGAAUUUAAAUCCUUCACACUUGAGAGAGCUGGAUCUGGAUGACAAUGAACCAGGAGAGUCAGGAGAGAAGAUGCUUUCUGCUCUACUAGAAGAUCCUCACUAUAAACUGGAGAAACUACACAUCCGAAGAUGAUCCGCCCAUUAACUGGUAGGAGCCUCUCACACUCAGCUUAUGAGCAGAGGACGACGGCUCAUAGAACCAGCCUUGGUGGUCAAGUUUGGUCAGUUGUUUUCCUGUAUAACAGUGGCUGCAGCUUGGACAGUACGUCUGUCAAAUUCCUGACAUUUGAUGACGACCCCACAUUGUUUAGCAGGACACAAGGUGCUUCUCCUCCUCCCAAAGUGCCUGGACUCAACAUCAACCCUCUCAAACCAGUGGAAACGUUGACAGACAUUCAUAAACUCACUCUAGAAAUCAAGACUUUCUGAUCUGCACUGUUUAAGCAGAUACAUAGUAUACGUGGUUGUAGUUUUCCUCCUCAUGGUCAGUUAUUCUGUAUUCAGUUUGAGUUUGAUAUGUACUUUAUGUAAUGCCUUUAAAUCAUUUUAUAAUUAUAUUAUAUUAUAAUUAUUAUAUAUAUUGUUUUUCUUCACUACACUUUAAUAAUAAAAGUCUGUGGACAUGAAAUCAUCCAAGAAA